AAAGAGCACAGACGUAGAAAAAUCGAACCAAACCUAAUAUAUAAAAUAUGUCCUGUAUCAUCCUACAAUAUUUAUCUCUCACCAAACGUUUUCCUUUCAUCGUCUAAAACUCAACCAUUCUUUCUCACUCAACAGUCCAACAUGUUUAGAUCCACAAGCACUCGGAAAAGCCCUUCCAGGUAUGAGAAAUUAGAUAAAGAACAUGGUGACAGUGGAACUUCAAAUGAGGAUUUUAAGAGGAGCACAAGUUUGCCUUCUCGAGCUAUGGCUUCAACCUUUGGUGAGAUGAAUCUGCAGAGAAACCCCACGAAAAAGGGCAGUAGUAAACCUAAGGAGAAGAAGAUUCACCCACUUCUCAGCCUCUUUGAUUUUCGGCGGAAGAAGACGACAACAGCUAGGCCUGAAUUUGCUAGGUAUCUUGAGUAUGUGAAGGAAGGAGGCAUGUGGGAUACCAAUUCCAAUAAACCUGUCAUCUAUUACAAAUGAUUACUCAUCUCAGGUUUCAAACUCAAGUGUAAGUUAGUGCUAUAUUUCUUUCAAAGAAUAAUUAGCGUUUGAUUAUCGUGUCAAAUCAUCAUAAGAUGUUCAUGAAACUUUCUAUUGUUUCUUGCUGAAUUUGAUGACAUAAAUAUUUAUGCUUUA